AUGAUGUGGAAAAUCUUAAACUCGGAAGAAGAAGAAUGGUCAUUGUUUAUAUCUGCAAAGUUUAAGGACAGAAAUGGACAAUGGACCUGUAAUUGGAAACAAUCUUCAAUUUGGACAGGUUUAAAAUGGGCUUGGAAUACUUUAAAGGAAGAUAUUAGAUGGAAUGUUGGCACUGGUUCAAAGAUUUCUGUUUGGUAUGACAUUUGGUUAGGUGGUUGUGCUUUAAUUGAAGAAAUUGGUCUCACUGACUAUGUUAAAAAUCAUAUUAGAAUGAAAGUUCAGGAUUUAAUUCUGGAGGGGAAUUGGUAUGUUCCUACUGAGCUACAACAGAUCAUUUCAGUAAAUUCUUUGCCAGUAAUAAGAGGGGGAUCAGAUCAGAUUGUGUGGACUAUUAAUGAUGGAAAGUUCUACACUAAUGUAGCAGCUGAGAAGAUAAGGCAUAAAGAAACAUUUCUUACAUGGCCUAAGUAUAUUUGGAAAAACUUUCUUCAUCCUAGCAUAGCUAGUAACAUAUCGGAGCUACAGCAAGAGGUGUAUGUUGAUGAUGAGGUAAUGAGGAAAAAUGGGUUUGAAUUGGCUUCUAUGUGUUGCAUAUGUUUGGAAGCUCAAGACACUAUGUAUCAUAUCCUGUGGGAAUGUGAUUUUAGUGUUGCAGUCUGGAACUGGUUGAAUGGAGUCUUCUGCUUUGCAAAUCCAAAAUCAUUUGAUGAAGUUUGUUCUGCAGCAAAUAAUAAGAGCCCUCUUGUCAGGAAAAUUUGGAUGAUUGCAGCUUGUGCAGCUAUGAGAGAAUUAUGGUUUCAGAAAAAUGCUAAAUUUUUUGAAGAGAAAAAACUCAAUCUGAAUAGAAAUAAAUGCAGAAUUGUUCAGCUAGUUCAUGAAGGUGGUUAUAGGUUGAAUGGAGUCAGCUGGGGCAACCUUAUGAAGCUCAGGUGA